UAAUGUCUGUCUGUUAGGUGCCAUGGGCUGUAGACAUUUCUGGUGUUGGUUAUUUUAAUCUAUUUUUGCAUGGAUACCAACGAUGUCCAAAUAUUGUAAUUUAUAAUUUUAGUAAAAAUGACAAGGAGGUCGAUUAGACUUUUGGUUGCGACGUUAAUAUUCGGCACAGCAAUCCUUUUUGGCAUUUUCUCGAUUGCUUCAAACAAAAAUGCCCAAAGUCAAGAUUUUACCAAAGAGUCAUACCUAGAGAUGAAGAAUGAAUUGAUUAAAAUGAAAAACGAGAAUCUCAAGCUUAAAGUUCAAGUCAACCAACAAUAUGAGCAGCCAGAGAUCAACUUAGAUGCACCCAUUGUACCCAGUGAUCAGCUUAAACCCUGUGCCAAAGAUGCUAGUAUUCUUGUGAAACGCUGUGAAAUCAUUCAUGUUGCUAUUGUAUGUGCUGGUUAUGAUGCUUCAAGAGCAGUCUCUACCCUAAUCAAAUCCUUGCUUUUUUACCGCAAGAAUCCCAUUCACCUUCAUUUUAUAGCUGAUGCCAUUGCCGAAAACAUUUUGAAAACACUAUUUCAAACAUGGGAUAUUCCCCAUAUGAAUUACAGUUUUUACUCAGCUGAUGAACUAACUUCCGAUGUAGCUUGGAUUCCAAACAAACACUAUUCUGGUGUUUAUGGGCUCCUGAAACUUACGCUGCCCAAAGUUCUGCCUCAAUCUGUGGACAAAGUCAUAGUCUUUGAUUGCGAUGUCACCUUUUCAGCUGACAUUGCAGAUCUCUGGGCAGUUAUCUCAUCCUUCUCGUCCAGUCAGGCAAUUGGACUUGUCGAGAAUCAAAGUGACUGGUACUUGGGGAAAUUGUGGAAAAACUAUGAGCCAUGGCCAGCCCUAGGCAGAGGAUUCAAUACUGGAGUGAUUGCGAUGGACUUGAAAAAAUUACGUUCGUUAAAUUGGAAUCAGCUAUGGUUGCUGACGGCUGAAAAGGAUCUAGUCAGUCAUUAUUUCACAUCACUUGCUGAUCAGGAUAUUUUUAAUGCUGUACUUUUCCAAGAGCCACAUCUCGUAUAUCGCCUCCCUUGCCAGUACAAUGUCCAAUUAUCUGAUAAUACGCGAUCUGAAUCAUGUUACAGUGAAGUCGCCGAUUUGAAGAUUAUUCACUGGAACUCUCCGAAGAAAUUAAAAGUCAAGAACAAACACAGCGACUUUUUCCGUAAUUUUUACUACACUUUUGUUGGUUUUGAUGGAAACUUUCUCCGACGACAGCUUUUUCAUUGUAACGAUUCCGGAUUUAACCAAUCAUCCGUCGAUGAUCUUCCGGUGGAAGAUGAUGCUUGCUACGAGGUCCGUAAAGCUCGUGAUGCCAAAUACCGAACGCAUCUCUUUUAUUUGUCUUAUGAUGCUGGUAAAAUAGACGACAACGACAUCACCUGGGUAGCACAGUUGUCACUUGACAGGCUGCAAAUGAUUGAACCCCUUUGUCGAUUAUGGGAAGGACCAAUAAGUCUCGCUCUUUACUUGUCUGACACGGAAGCCGAUCAGUUCCAUUCGUUUGUCACGGAAUCGCACUACCUGAAUUCCAGGACCAAUAUCGGUUAUCACGUCGUUUAUAAACAAGGAAGUUUGUAUCCAGUCAAUUUAUUGAGGAACGUGGCUCUGGAACAGGCCAGCACGCCAUUCGUCUUCCUCUGUGAUAUAGAUUUCUUGCCCAUGCCGAAUCUCUACAAUACAUUGAAAAAAGCUGUCCAGUCGCUCAAAGUGGCCACCGAAAAUAAGGCUUUGGUGGUUCCAGCUUUUGAAAGUCAACGGUAUCAGACCAAAGUGCCCCGUACCAAAGCUGAGGUAAUUGCCGCUCUGGACAUGGGCGACCUGUUGACCUUUCGUUACCACGACUGGGCCCUAGGACACGCAGCCACCAACUUUCCCAUGUGGAGGACGGCCACUAUUCCUUACAAAAUUAAAUGGGAACCAAAUUUCGAGCCUUACGUUGUGGUGCGACGGGACGUGACACGCUACGAUCCCCGAUUCCUGGGUUUCGGUUGGAACAAGGUCUCGCAUUCGAUGGAAUUACACGCCCAGCACUACGAGUUCCAAGUCUUGCCCAACGCGUUUAUCGUCCACUUACCUCAUUCGCCCAGCGUCGACAUUUCCAAAUAUCGAGGCUCCUCCCAGUAUCGAAAGUGCUCCGAAUCUCUGAAAUCGGAAUUCAUCGUCGAUUUGAAGAAGCGCUACUCCGAUUUUAGUUUCAAAUAGCUUUUUCAAGACUUUUGUUGUUUGUGUGUAAUCGGGAUCCUUCUUCUUCUUGAUGAUUACCCCCCAAAGAAAUAUACAAAUCUCCGUUUUCUACAA